GCUUGGCAGGGCGGAGAGGAGCCGGGGCGAGGGGAAGGGGAGCGCGGCAGCGAGGAGCGGGGCGCAGCGCGGCGGGAGGGCCGCUGCCAUGGGACGCUGACCGGCCCGGGACCCCGGCCCCGGAGCUGGAGCCGCUCGGGAGAGAUGCGCGGCGGCGGGGCGCCGCUUCCUCCCGCCGCGCGAUGAGGGGCUGCGGGGCCGGCGCGGGGCUGCCCGUGCCGCCGCUGCCGCCGCCUCUGCUGCUGCUCGGGGUGCUGCUGGCCGCGGCGCCGGGCGCGGCGCUGGGCAAGGAGACGGCGUUCGUGGAGGUAGUGCUCUUCGAGUCCAGCCCCAGCGGCGACUACACCACCUACACCACAGGGCUGCAGGGCCGCUUCUCCCGCGCGGGGGCCACGCUGAGCGCCGAAGGCGAGAUCGUGCAGAUGCAUCCACUUGGACUGUGUAAUAGCAAUGAUGAGGAAGACCUGUAUGAAUAUGGCUGGGUAGGAGUGGUGAAAUUGGAACAGCCAGAGUUGGAGCCUAAGCCAUGCCUCACUGUCUUGGGAAAGGCAAAACGAGCAGUACAGCGAGGAGCCACAGCGGUCAUCUUUGAUGUUUCUGAAAACCCAGAUGCCAUUGAUCAGCUGAACCAGGGCUCAGAGGACCCUCUGAAGAGACCAGUGGUGUAUGUGAAAGGUGCUGAUGCUGUCAAGCUAAUGAACAUAGUUAACAAGCAGAAAGUGGCACGGGCCAGGAUUCAGCAUCGCCCCCCACGGCAACCCACGGAGUACUUUGACAUGGGAAUUUUUCUGGCCUUCUUUGUGGUUGUGUCUCUUGUUUGCCUCAUUCUUCUUGUCAAGAUCAAACUGAAACAGCGACGUAGUCAGAAUUCCAUGAACAGGCUUGCAGUGCAAGCACUGGAGAAAAUGGAGACCAGGAAGUUUAAGUCCAAAAGUAAGGGACACCGAGAAAGUAACUGUGGAGCACUGGAUACACUCAGUAGCAGCUCCACCUCUGACUGUGCCAUCUGCUUGGAGAAGUACAUUGAUGGGGAGGAACUGCGUGUCAUUCCCUGCACUCACCGAUUCCACAAGAAAUGUGUGGAUCCUUGGCUGCUGCAGCACCACACCUGCCCUCACUGCCGCCACAACAUCAUAGAACAGAAGAAGGGGAAUGCAGCUCCAAUCUGUCUGGAAUCCAUCAAUGCAGCACGCAGCAGGCAGCAGAGGGUGAUUCUGCCUGUCCAUUACCCAGGCCGAGUGCACAGAGCCAGCCAGAUCACAGCGUAUCCCACUCGGACCAGCAUGGACCCCCAUGGGAACCCCAUCACCCUGCUGACAGUGGAGAGACAUGGAGAGCAGAGCCUCUACCAAGCCCCUUCCCCAGCCUACAUCCGCAGUUAUCAGCCCAUUCAUUUGGACCAUGCUUUAAACACCCAUCACUGCAGCCUGGAGCACAGGGCUUACUCUCCAGCUCACAACUUCCGAAGGCCCAAGUUUGGUGGACGCAACUUUUCCAAAGCGGCGUGCUUUUCCCGAUACGAGACCAUGUAUCAGCACUACUACUUCCAAGGCCUUAGUUACCCUGAGCAGGAUGGACAGCUUCCAGCUGGCAUUGCCUCAAAGGGUCCUUCCCGUGCCUUUCAGCCUGGUAGCAGCGUGCUUUUCCCUCCUGUGGUACACGUUAUGCCCUCGUCCCGCUUGGAGAGCGGCAGUACCUCCAGCUUUAGCUGCUAUCACGGUCACCGCUCGGUGUGCAGCGGGUAUUUGGCCGACUGCCCUGGCAGUGACAGCAGCAGCAGCAGUUCUGGUCAGUGCCACUGCUCCUCCAGUGAUUCCAUGGUUGACUGCACUGAGGUCAGUAACCAGGGGGUUUACGGGAGCUGCUCCACGUUCCGCAGCUCUCUGAGCAGUGACUAUGACCCCUACGUGUACCGCAGCAGGAGCCCUUGCCGAGUGGGUGAGGUUGGUGGUGCAAACAGGGGGGCAAUUGUGCUCUUGGAGGGCCCCCACCAGGACGAGCUCCCAGCUCACAGUCAUGGCCUGGUGGGUGCUGACUGCCGGCCCGUGCCAGCUUCUUCCUCAGGGGACCAACUGUCUAAUUGCAGCAUGGAUAUGAACUAUAGCAGUAAUUCCUCACUAGAGCACAGGGAUCCAAAUGGCACUACCUCAGAGGGAGGACCUGAGGCCACUGCUGGUGCUGCCUUGGAUGUUAAAAGGAACUGGAAGAAUCCAGAGAUAGCAGGGUCGAUUUCGGAGCAGGCGUGCGCGUGCUGCUUUGAAUUCCAGCACUCUGCCCUGGAGCCCAGCAGUGGAACAGCUGACUGUAGUGCACUCUUCCUUAGCUCUCCACUGUGGGGGACGUGUGGCCAAGGAAUUGAACCGCAGUCAGGGAACACCCCAGGCUUGUACAGUAUUAACUCAGACCACUUACAUAGGACAGAUGGGGUAAAAUAUGAGGGGUUGCCCUGCUGCUUCUAUGAAGAGAAGCAGGUAGCCUGUAGUAGCAACAGUGGCAGUGGAGGUGGUGGCUGCUAUACAGAAGACUAUGCAGUGAAUGUGCAGUACACGCUUCCUGAUGACACCUUGCCAAACUGCUGUAAGGGUGUAUGUGAUCUGGGUCAACGCAUUCCCAUCAUUCCUGAAGACAGAGACUGUGAGCUGAUCCUACCACCAGAGCACCAAGGGACCCACAUAGGAGGCUGUAGCUCCUGGGAUGGAACACCUGAGCUAGACACUUACCUGCACUGUCAAGGUGUUGGAGAGGUACAGGUGGAGAGGGAGGUGUGCUAUGAGGCAACGUCAUUCCUGCAGCAAAACUACUCUCAGGAGGAGGAAACUGGAAUGCCCUUUCCCAGUCCCACUCUGAACUCCCAGAAGCUUAUGAUGACCACAAAGGCCACAGGUGCUGGAUCUCAUCCCUUGGAGAGAAGCCAAAUCAGUGACUAGACCUGUCCAGAUGAUCCCAGAUGGAGAAGCGGAGCUUAUCAGAGACUCCAAAUUCUCAUGGACUUUUUUUUUUUAAGCUUUGACAAACACACAAAAGUGGUAAUGUGGAGAAGUCCCUCCCCUACUUCCUCUGUGUUCACAUCAGUUUGAUUGUCUCCUUUGUCCCUCCUGCCUGAAGCCUUCAGGCCUUGAUUUGUGUGCAAAGCCCAUGUGGGACAUGGUGUGGAGCAUUUCUGAGCUCUAGUGCCAUUUCUAUAUUAAUGACAAAGUGUUAUUUAUAUUUUCUUUUUAGAAGUGACCUCUUGCUGAGAGGUAACACAGUGUGUUAAAUAAGCCAGGCUAUGUGUAGAUGCUGUUGUCUCCUACUUGAAGGAGUCCAGCCUUUGAUAAGCUCAGGGCUACACCUGCCUUAGAAACCAGAUAGCACCUUGAAAUUUAGUAAUCCAGAGGGAUACAGCUGCUGAAUGGAUGCUCAGAUACUGACUAAUCCCAGUAGCAAAUCCUAGCAGCCAGCAAGUUAUGUGAGUGAUUUUGAGGGAGGUGAAGCAUUGGACUGUCUCCUUUCUCCUCUUCCCUUCUCCCCCCUUUCAUGCUGCUCUGAUGGUUUGGCUAGGAAGGUGUCCUGCCAUUAGGAUUAGUUUCAACACAGUGGGGGUAAGGAAACUGAGAGCUCAGAAUGUUCUUAUCCUCACUUCCUGUAUUUAAACCGUGGACCUCAUUGUAUCUUCUGACCAGUGAAGAAUGCUGGGGACCUCUCCCUCAAGCAGAUGCUCGAACAAAGUGCUUAGAAAGGGUAUUACCUUUGUAGGUAAUGAACUUUUCCUUCCAUAGGAAGUUUUUCAGGCACCUGUAGCCCCUGCUAUGGCUGUGAGGAAUGCUGGCAUGUGCAGGAAAGCAGAGCUUGCAGUGUGCUCACAGCUUUGCUGGCUCAUUUUGGAAACAGGGUUUCUUGUUUCCUUACAGGCUGCAAGCAUGCCUAAGGGAAGCAGUGCUUGUCACCUUUUGUGUGUGUGGCAAAGUGAGGGACUUGGUUUGAUCAUUGUUUUCUUCUUUGCUGUGGUUGAUGUGGCUUCCAUAGAUUGAUCUGUUUUAAAGGUUUCUUGGGCCCAGCCGGUUGCGCUUCAUUUUUGUCUUGUGUACAGAGUGCUCUCUGUACCCCAUUAGCCUGGGCACAUCCUUUUGUUCUUGUUCUUGUCCUAGUGGGGAUGUUUGUUAUCAUGAGAUAAUUGAUGUCGUCACUUCUGAUAGCAAUUGUUUCCUGUGGAAACAGCAGCUUCUGAGUAAGAGGCUACCAUAGCAUGGGUUAAAUUGCCUGUCAUGCUGCAUGUGCCUGAGGACACAGUGUCAUCCUGUGGUGUAUUCACAGCAGGAAUUCUUCUAAAGGGAAACUAAGUAUUUAAUGCCCACAGUGCCAGUCUUCUGAAAAGAUUUGUCCUAAGUUCAGUUCACUUUGGAGAUACUUCCAUGACAUGAAAUAGAGAUGUACACUUCAUAUUCUGCCAAAGCAAUGUCCUUGACAGCACUGGGCUGGUUGUGAGACCCAGCAAAGCUAACUUGUAUUCUCUGUAGUCCUAAAUGAACUAUUUUAAAAGAAGGAAGCAUAUCUAAGAAAUAACAAAUACAUUCAUCUAUUUCCUUUUGCUUUCAUACCUAGUAAGUUAGGAAAAAAGUUCCACCUAAAGGAAUUCACAUUACAUCUUUUCAAUCAACAAGCACCAAAAUUCAGCUGUUCAGAGAAUUAAUACAAGGCAAUAUCUGGGUAUAAGAUUAAAAGAAAAAUUUCAAUAAACACAUUUUCUGGGUAUAAAGCUUAUUAAAAACUUAUUCAUUCUCUGAAUGACUGAAGUAAGUGGUAUGUGUUGGGAGAACAAACUUUAAAGGUUUGUGAUUUUGGAAUUUUUUUUUUAUAUUUUUAAGUCUUACCCUCUCCUUCCUCCACUAAAAAAGAAAUGCAUUUUAGAAGCUAUGGUACACUAGCUUGGUUAUUCUGCUUGGUGUUCUGUGAGGCACUGUAAAGUCCACCUAAGAUACAUUGUACUCUGUAACUAAAACAGCAUAUUGUGGUAAAAGUGUUUCUUAAAGAUUUGAAUAUUCUGGCUCCUGGUGAUCCCAGAUGUGCUGGUCCCACACAUUGUGGAAAUCUCUGCUGGUACAAAUCUCUGCAGGCCAUACCACAGACACCCUACACCUGCCUUCUGUGCUGGCUCUGACAUUUAACAUAAAACUCUGUCCAGUGCAGACUUACAGGCUAGCUGGCCAUGAUAGAUGGUUUUUAUAACAAAAUGCCUUUCUACUACUUACAUGAACAGUUGUCGUUGUGUUUGGCUCAUGAGGCACUAUUUAAAAUGUUUUUAAUUAAAAUUGUCUUAUAGCACUUAAAAUUGUUUUGUAUAAAAUUUGCUGUAAAGAUUUGUAAUAUGGUCAAAGGGCUCUUUCUCCUUCAUUACCAUUUUUAAAAAUGUUUUAAAAGCUAGGAAGCAUCUUGUAUAUAUUCUGUAUAUGUAUAGCAGCACAUUUCAUGUAUGGAAAUAUGUUCUCAGAAUAUUUAUUUACUAAUAUAUUUAUCUUAAGCCAUGUCUUAUGUUGAGAGUGUGUGACAUUAUUGUAAUAAUCACUGAAAAUCACUAACACAAGGCCCUGUAAAUACAUGAUAAUUGCACACAAAGAUUUUACAGUACUUGCCGACCAAAAAUGAUUUAAGAGAAGUGUAGUUACUUGCAGUUUUGUAAGAAAGUGUACAAAUGUCUGUAUUAAAAGAAAAAAAAAGGCAAAACCACACAAAAAAUACAGUUUUAUUGCAUAUACAUGUGGGAGUUGUCCUUCUUGUUUUGGGGGAGAGGACAUAGAUAACUGUUCUCCUCAAAAUACAGUCCUAGAUAUACUGGGAUGAACUCUAAUAAACAACAUUUUUACCUUUUUUUCCAACACCAGGUAGGUGGAUAUGUAUAUGCCUUUACACAGCACUGCAGUUACUGGGGGGCACUGGGGGGUAGGUGUCACACAAG